UGGAACAGGGACGCGGAGAGUUUUUUCCACUCCUGGAAGGAGGAGGAGGUGUGAGGUGUAAAGUUGAAUUUUGGAUAGAAAACAUGAACACAUUGACGGUGGACGCAGGGACGAGAUUUCAGCUGCAAUUUGAAGCGUGAAUAUUUAGGUUUGUGGACUAUUCGGAGGCUUUGGGAUCGUCCUAAGAUAAAGCAGCAACAAAACAAUAUUAAAAGAGUCAACCUUACAACAAGAGGAACAAAUGUGCUAAAAGUGCUCCAGGAAUAUCCUAAAAGUAAAAGAAGACACAGGAAUAAAAAAGUCAUUUUUAAGGUUGUAAAAUAUGAGACCACUGAAGAAACAGAGAGGACGCUCUCCUUUGUCCACACGGGCCAAAAGUGGAAGAAAAAGAGGGGACAAACAGGACAAACAGUCACAAUCCACACCUACUGCAGUGGCAUCACGCAAAACUACUCCAUCCAAAUUAGACAUCUCUGAAGGGAAGCCAAGCAAAAGAACCACCACACCAAACAAGGAGAGUCUAGAAGUACAGAUGAAUGGACUGUCUGCCGAAGUAGAUCAAGCUGAGCAGGUUGUCGUCAGUGUUAAUAAAAUGACUGGCCCUAAAGACACAAACUCAAAAAUACACAACAUUACCAUGACAAGCAGUAUAUCCAGCAGCCUUCUAACGAACAGCGCAGCUAGCACCCCACUCAGCACAAACAUGGCAGCCAUUAACUCAAAUAAAAGCACCUCCGCCAGUAACAACAGCCCCAUCACACUCUCCAGUAGAAAAACAGCUACCUUUAAAGCUAGAGUGCCCAAGAAAAAGUUUAUGUAUGAACAUGGAGCAAAUAACAACUCUCCUAUCAGUCCCACCCCUGUGUCUUCAUUUGCACUUAACAAUCACUCCAGCACACCUCGCAGUCCUGUUUCUCCUAGUAGUCACCCUGUAGCCAACAAUGUAAUCAAAGUAAACAAUGACGUUACAGCCGUUAACAUCGAUAGCAAAGUAUUAGCAGAAAAUAUGGUAUCCACAGAAUUAAAAUUCAACUGUGUAGCUACAGCAAAGGUUGUAAAAGAUGAAGUUCCCUGUGAAAAGGAAAGAAUAGUGACACAAGUUGAAACAGAUACUUAUGGAGAGGUUGCCCCGAACUCCGCUGGUUCAUCAACCACAGAUACAGCCAGUGAACAGUCUCCAGAUGUUGAGGUAAUAGAGUCCUCGGAUCUGCUUCAAAAUGCAGGGACAAGAAGCCCAUCAACCAAGACACUAACCCUCUCUCCAGCCCUCACACCAGGCAACCAUCAGCAAGAAGGUUUUUCAGGAAUAGCUGAUGCACUGGCAAAAGGACUCAAGAAUCAGAGAGUGCUAGCUCGUCAUCAGAGAACAAAGAAAGUAGCACAAGGAGAAGAGCCUAUCAAUGAAUGUGUGUUUAUUCGUGGUGUUGUGCGUGGAGCUACUAAAGAGCAGCUGAAUGUAGGAUUGCAGAUAAAUGGAGAAGAAAUGCAACUUUUGCUACCUUUUCAUACACUAGUAAGUCAACCACACCAAAAUAUUGACCUCAUAUUAGAUGUCCCACCACCAGGUAAUGACCCUGUGGAAGUUGGGACACGUGUUUGUGUGCCUUAUGGAGGAGAUAAAGGGAAAGAAUGGUAUAGGGAAGGAGUGGUGUCACAGGUAGACUCCCAUCCAGCUGUUGCUUGCCCAUACAGGGUGCUACUGCAGGAAGAGCAGAAUCAUUGUAAGGCAAGAAACGCAAAAGGUGAGGAGCAAAGAAAACCCAGCAUUCAGGUUGUAUGGGUGUCCCGGCAGAAUCUUCGCCUUCUAGUUCCACCUUGGGAUGGGGAUAUGCCAGAGAGGGAGGGAAGACAGAGAGAGGAUAUAGAGGUAGAGAGAGAAAUGUGUCAGCUUAGUAGUAGAAUGGUUUUAAAGGAUGCAAAACCACCUCAAAUGAGUACUGGGUUUAAGGACAUAGCACCUUCUUUAUCUGCAUCUUCACCAGUGGUUAUGAUGUCAAACUAUGCAUUAAGUGUAGUUCGUGGAAAAGAGAGUCAUCUACCUGAGGUCAGAGACAAGGAGAGAGAACGAGCAAGAGAGAGAGAAAGAAAGCAACUACAGACUCCAGAGGUUGAUUUGGAAGUCUUGCAGCUUAACCUGGCACCUCUUCAAGAAGCAGUAGGGACUUUGGUUUCUGAAGUACCCAUAACAGUUAGAUCCAACCAGCAUAGACAGAUCCUUUCUAAGCCCUCUGGAUACUCAAGUCCUAUCUCGGUUGUCGGAACCUUCUCAGGCGCAUCCUUGGGUAUCCACUUGACCAGCCCCUCAUCAAGCAGCCCUCAUCCACCUUCUGCAUCACCUUUUGUAGGCUCUGAUAGAGUUCCCUCACACCUACAACCUUCAGCUGUGCCUCCUUCACCUAGCUCAAAAGGUUCUCUCACCCUCUUGGACAAGACCCCUACUCCUUCACAGACCUCUACCCCCAUCCUAGGGAGUUCUGCGUCAUCUUCAGCGUCCUCCUCGCGAUCAAGAACUCCACUUUCUGCUGCACAACAGAUUUAUAAGAAGGGUGAUGUGGUGUGUACUCCCAAUGGUAUUCGCAAGAAAUUCAAUGGAAAGCAGUGGCGUAGACUGUGUUCAAAGGAUAGUUGCAUGAAAGAAUCUCAGCGAAGAGGCUACUGUUCCAGACAUCUCUCUAUGCGCACUAAAGAGAUGGAAGGGGCAGGUGGAGAGCAUAAAGGAGGAGGAGGGAGCAGCUCAGGAACGGCUACCCCUUCAGACCUCCGAGGUCGAGCCAGCAGCGAAUUCGACUGGGAAGAGACAUCACGGGACAGCAGUGAAACCAGCAGUCGAGGAACUGACUCACGGCCACGACUCGUUCUUCCAUCACUUUUGCCACAGGACUUUUCACGGUUUGACUUUGAUGAAUGUGAGGCAGCUACCAUGCUUGUUUCUUUAGGAAGCUCACGGUCAGGGACUCCCUCAUUUUCCCCAAUAUCCAACCAAUCACCUUUUUCCCCAGCUCCCUCUCCAUCUCCUUCUCCACUUUUUGGAUUUCGUCCUGCCAACUUCAGUCCCAUUACAACUUUGACAGUCCUACCUCCUCGCCGCCACCGUCAAACGAGUGGCACAAGCACCUCUAAGCCUAGUACCUCAGUGAUGGAGAAGGAGCGAGAGAAGCUUGUAACUGGCAUUGUACCUUCUUUUCAAACUAGCCUCACCUUCACCGUACCUGUAAGCCCCAACAAGAAUAAAUUAGAUGCCGCACAACCCACGACUACUUUAAUGCAAAAUUGCCCCAAACCUGAACUGGAGCAGGGCAGACUUGAUCUCUCAGUAGGAAAAUCCUUUCGAGUUCUUUCUCCUCAGACAAAUUACUCUUGCAGCCAAAGAACCCCAUCAUUCACAGCUUCUUCUCUGCCACCAUCUCCUAUAACCUUAGAGUCAGGGUCACAACGGGCCAUUUCUCAGCAAUCCUUGCGUGACUCUCCUGUAAUUGUGCGAAAUCCUGAGGCUCCUUUAGCAAAAUUCACAGAACGUCCACCAGCCAAGCCUGCUAACGAUGGGGUAGCAAACUCUAAGGACAACAACUUUACCAGUGUUCUUACUGGUGCACGGUUACAGAUGCCCGUUCCAAUUAAUGGAGCUGCCUCCAACAAUGGGGCAGUCUUACUGCACAGCCCUUCAUCGACUCUUGUUCUGGUGUCUUCCAUUUCAUCCCUUCCAAACCCCAACCCUACCACUCAGUCUAGCCCUGCCUUGGCCUGCAUCUCAGUACCCAGCCCUGCCCCUGAUUUUGCUUCCUCGGGUUCAGCAGCUGGAGCAGAUCAGGGAAAAGGUGGAUUAACAACAUUACAGCAACCAGUUCCAUGCCAUCCUGCUCCCACAGCUUUGUUACCACUUAUACUUCCAGCAGAAACCCUGCACCCUGUGCCAUGCAAGGAUAUCAUCAUGGGACGUCCAGGAACAGUAUGGACUAAUGUAGAGCCACGCUCAGUACCAGUGUUUCCUUGGCAUUCAUUGGUCCCUUUCCUGGCACCCACCCAAUCAGAUCCGUCGGCUCAGCCUGGUGAGGGCCAGCAGUCUGUCAAUCAUUCCCAGGCUGGCACGCUGAAGAAAGAGUCCCAGGGUGGCUCAGUGGUGAAGGAGGUUGUUGAGGGAGCAUCAAACCUGUCUUUGCGCCCCACUCCCUCUAUAGACGACCUUCAUCAAGAGAAAGAGAGAGAGACGGAGAGAGAGAGACCUGACAGUGAAACGGAGAGCGAUGUUGACGACCCGUUUUUACCAGGCCUCCUUCCUGACCCACCAGUCUCAGCAUCUCCCGGCAAACGUCGCACUCAAUCUUUGAGCGCUCUGCCCAAAGAUGAUAAGAACAGCCCGGGCAAGAGGGAAAAGGAUCACAUCCGGAGGCCCAUGAAUGCGUUCAUGAUCUUCAGCAAGCGCCAUCGGGCCCUCGUUCAUCAGCGGCACCCGAAUCAAGACAACCGCACCGUUAGCAAGAUCCUGGGCGAGUGGUGGUACGCUCUGGGACCCAAAGAGAAACAGAAAUAUCAUGACCUCGCAUUCCAGGUUAAGGAAGCCCACUUUAAGGCCCAUCCAGACUGGAAGUGGUGCAAUAAGGACAGGAAGAAGUCGAGCAGCGAAAGCCGGAAUGCUCCGGGUGGAAAGGACAUCAGAGAGAGGAGCAUGUCUGAGACGACAGAGCCUCCCUCAGUGUCCAUGGCUUCUGAGCUCAAAGCAGUGGGGCCCGGUGUGAUGGGCAUGUCCGAUCGUUCUGGAGGGGAGGGCCACGCCCGCCCCCGUGCCUUCUCACAAAGCGCUAUGCACAGCUUGGAGAGGAGCGAGAGGGGCAACCCUCAGGUUCUAGCAGAGCUUGCACAGAUGUGUGGCGAAGGAGGUCAGAUUUCAGGCCGUGGGGCUCUACCUCAUGUCCAGAGGGGCAUGAGUGAAGACAUGACCAGCGAUGAUGAACGCAUGGUCAUCUGUGAGGAGGAGGGGGACGAUGAUGUCAUCGAGGACCCAUAUCCAGGCAGCUCCAUAGAUCUUAAGUGCAAGGAGAAAGUCACAGACAGCGACAGUGAAACUGGAUCUGGGGACGAAGGUGAACGCAAGAGAAUCUUUGCUCCUGUGAUCUGCUCGACAGCGUCAGGCCCUGGACACGGGCGCAGCCUUUCUCUCUCCUCCUACCCAGUCCACAGACACAUCUCUGACGCCCCCUUCAAAAGAAGGCGAGCAAUAGAGGGAGCAGACGGAGAACGGCGGCAUGCCGAAGGAGGAGCGUCUCACGGUCUCCCCCUGUCUUCCUCUGGUCAGUCCACCUCGGUCAGCGCAUCUUCAGCACUGGGUGCAUUGAGGGUGGCAUCCACUGUCGUCACUAACGUAGUACGACCUGUUGUCAGCACUCCGGUGCCGAUCGCCAGCAAGUCGGCUCAUGAAAGAAAAGCCGCCGCCCCCCAUGCACAGUUUUUUGGGGCGACUCUGGCACCAGCAGGAGGGGGCGCAUACUAUUCCUCAUCUUCGUCCAUUCCUGUAACCGCACCUGGAACACAAGGGGGGCUAAAUCUGGUGCUGGGUGGCACUUUUCAGGCUCCGUCUGCUGUCCAGCUAAUUACGCCUCCUCCUCAAAACACAGCAUCCCCUGCUACAGUUGCAGCCACUCAGAGUAACGGCCCCAUACCAGUGCCCCUGCUGCAGCCUCACAUUCUGCCCACCACAUCACCUGCACAACCUGCUGGCCACAAAGCAGUCACACAAGUUCAGUACAUCUUGCCCACCCUGUCUGUCAACUCCAAGAGCUCUUUACCUCAACAGCCUGUCAACUCACCAACUGGCGUCUUUACCGUGCCCACAGCUCCGCCCACAAUUGUCACUCUGGCUAAUGGGAAGCAGUCAGGAUACAAUUCUGUCCCUGCAGUGGGCGUGGUCAGCCAAGGAGCAAGAGUGCAAACGCAGUCUCCAGUUUUGCAGGGCAAGAUGCUGGUUCCCAUGGCAACAGUGCGGACCACUCCUGCCCCUUCCCAGCAGUUUCCCCUGAUGGCUCCGCCUCUUCCUGUCCAGAAUGGAGCUCAGUCUGGAAACAAGAUUAUUCAGAUUGCCCCUAUGCCAGUUGUGCAAUCCCAGCUUCCUCCAGCAGGGAACACAUUCCCUGUGACCAUGGCGGCAGCCACAGUGGUUGCCCCGGGCUCUACCCCCUCACAAGCUGUGCUGCUGCCUCCUCCACCCACUAGAAUCACAUAUGUCCAGUCCGCUCAAGGAGGCCCUUCUACUAUUCCACUUGUAUCCACAGCAACAGGCUCCAGCUCCCAAACAGCUGCUCCCACACCUGGCAUGGCAUACGUUCAGCCUUCGUUAGCCACUUUUACAGCAAUUGGCCAUCCUGGGCCAACUUUGGUGCAGCCUCUUAUUACCGGUCAGCCUCCUCUCUUAGCUCCACCCCAGUCUCCCAACCCAGCCAUCUCAGCAAUCUACCCCUCUACUGCUGUCACCUUGGCAACUGGAGUAGUGUCGGCAGCAACAAUGCCGCCCAGCGUGGUCUAUUCUGUCUCAAGCCCCUCCAUCUUACCCAAACACACGUCCACCACAUCUGCAACAACGGUGACCCUGGCAGGCUCAGAAAAGCAUGGGCACGGUCCUGCACACCCAGAACUGGACAGACAGACUGAAAAAACACCUCUCUCACACACUGAAAGACUGAAUAAAGGCGGCAGCUCAACAGCUCCACCAUCUGGAGUGUCAAUGACUUUACAUUCUGCCAGCCCAGCUCAGCCUGGUACAGCUGGCAUUUCUAAGCUGCCCCCGGUCCCUGCCAGGCCUCCUCAGAAAGUCAAGGCCACCCUGGCCAACAUCCCUGUUGGAUGCUACGACGGAGGGGGGCGAGGGAAAGAACGAGAAAAAGACAAAGAGAAGGACAAAGAAAGAGAACGUGAGAAAGAAAAAGAAAGUGGUAGCAGUCUCUUUUUCGAAGCGGAAAAAGGAGGAGAAACGGUCCCUGCUGCUCUCGCCACACAAGAGGAGAGCUCAACAGAAGCUGAAGCCCACAGCGUGGGUGAGACUGGAACCACAAGCGCACGCAGCAAAGAGCCAAAUGCGAAAGAGACCGAAUGGAGAGACUCUGCGUCCUGCUCUCCAUUACCAGUAUCGACGUCAGACCCUGCUCCACCCCUUUCACAGUCAGACAAAGAUGCACCGCCUCCCAAAAAGCUGAAGUCUCGCCCGCCGCCCCUCAAGCGCCCAUUUGAUUCAGUCGACAAGGUGCUGUCUGAGGUGUACUUUGAAGAACGAUUUGCAGAGCUGCCUGAGUUUCGUCCAGAAGAGGUUCUACCCUCGCCAACCUUGCAGAGCCUAGCCACAUCCCCUCGUGCCAUCCUGGGUAGCUAUCGCAGAAAGAGGAAGAACUCCACUGGUGAGAGAGAUCUGGACUCCUCCACGGACGACCCCAUCUCUCCUAAGAGAAAGAACAGGCGCAGAUCCAGCUGUAGCUCCGAGCCUAACACACCCAAAAGUGCUGCCAAGUGCGAGGGGGACAUAUUUACCUUCGACAGGCCUGGUACAGAUGGAGAGGACGUAUUGGGCGAGCUGGAGUUCGAUAAGGUGCCAUACUCGUCUCUAAGGAGAACUCUGGAUCAGAGGAGGGCUCUGGUCAUGCAGCUAUUUCAGGAGCAUGGCUUCUUUCCCUCAGCCCAGGCCACUGCUGCAUUCCAGUCAAGGUACGCCGACAUCUUCCCCACCAAGGUGUGCUUGCAGCUGAAGAUCCGCGAGGUACGCCAAAAGAUCAUGCAAAGUGCAGCGCCCGCCGAAUGUCCCGGGACGUCGGAUUCCUUCCCGGGACCGUCCGGAUCGGCCAGCAACGAGGGCGGAGGAGGACCCGAGUGUGCCGAGAAAGAGCUGGAGCGGGAGGAGGACCUGAACCUUUCCGAUUCCCUGGACUCUACCAGAUGAGUUUGACGGACUGGCUGAGAGGAACCACUGGUUACCGGAUUGCUCCGGGCGCAUCUGUGAAACUCACAGCGACUCCUCGGAGUGUGUGAAUGUGGGAAACGAUGUUUGUUGGGCUUUCCGACUGAAUUCCGCAGUAUUUUAAAAUAGACGAUGGAAAAUUUGAGACAUUUUAUUGUAAAAUGGUUCUGCAUAGGUCACAUUUACACACCUACCCACUUACACCACUGAUCACUGUCUUAAUAUCUGCACUUGAACUUGCAGCAUUAUUUACUGCUAAGGCUUCCUUUAGACUUUUAAGACUUGAAGAUUUUGGAAUGAUCACCGUCAAGGUGAUUCCGUUGCAGGACUUAUAAGGGCAUCUGAUUUUUUUUAACUGUAUCGUUUUAAUUGGUAACGGUCGGGCAUAGAUGGUUUGUCAUAGGCAUGUCAUAGUUUACCGCCAGUCAUUGUGAGGCCGGCCUCCUUUGGCUUGGUUUUAAAGAUGAUGAAGACACAAUGGACUCUUUUUUUAAUACUUUUCCAGUUUUUUUCUUUCUUCCAGUGAUUCAUUUUUUGAAGGUUUUUUAUCAAAGUUUGUUUGGUUUGUUUGUCAAGGCACUGAAUAACCUCAUCAAUGGACAAGCUUAGCAUUUAAAAGCUCCUCUUCCUAUGAUUGGCUGUAGCAGACGCUAAUCAAGGCUAGAAUCGGUCCUAAGGUGCAGCUAUGAAGGAAGACGCCUUUAGAAGGGAAGUCAGUGGGAACAUUAUGACCACUGAUUGGACUUUUUUCCCCUCCAUAUAGUCCUGUAUUAAGAAACAACGUAUUUAAUUUUCUCUUGCCAUUAUAUUCAAGGACGUUGGAACAUGUUUAAUAACUUUUCAAUAAGAAAAUAGACUUGGAUUUUGAAAUGUUGAGAUCAGUGCCUAACUGGAUUUCUCAUUACUGUUCUUAUGUGAAUCUGAUCAGUAUACCAUAGUACAUUUACUGCAGCUUUUCAUCAUGCUUUCCUGGAAACUCCACAUCCGGUUCAUCUUUGAGAAAAUGUGAUGUUUUUUAAACAGAAAAGUUAAAUAUCGAAGGUGUUGUUUGGUAUAUCCCAGUCUUUUAGCUCUUAACAUUCCUCACUAUUCCUGUUGCUUCAUUCCUCCUCCAUUUCUUCCUCCUGUCCUCUGUUACUUUAUUGAUCUUUCUACGUCUCAGCUACUUUAGGUUGAGCAGACAGAGAGAGAGAGCGAUCAGGAGGAGGAGGAGGACAAGGCAGGGCAUCUGUGGUGAUUGUAUUGUGCAAGGUUUGUUCAUGUUGUACAUAGAACCGGUGGAGUAUCACGCCACUGAACCAUAGUAAGGAGCAUUAUUCAAUGUUAAACAAUACCAUUACAGGAAGUGAUGUUGUAAAACAAAGAAAAACUUUAAAUGAAAUGAACAUGAAUAUUAACAUUUUGCUAAUUUUGCUAAGGAUGUGAAAGAUUUAUACAAAUAAGCUUUACAUUUGUAUCUAUUUCUCUCAGUAUAUGAAUAAAUAGAUGUUCAAAUGAACAACAA